AUGUAUAUUGUUCUAUUGUUUUUACUUAUAUACAAGGGGGUAUUUUCGAUCAAAUUAAGACUUCAGCCUACUGUAUCUGGAUUUAUAUCUAAUCAUCAGAAUAAGACUAUUUCACUUAACAAUCAUUAUCCUUCUAUCAAAAAGGCCAAUAAACAUACUGAUUAUUCAUUGAAUAGCUCUUCUGAUUUUGAUAAUUAUUCUCCCGUAACAUCCAAUUCAGUUGACUACUCUUAUCGCAACCCUAGUGACUUUAAAUUACGUGGAUUAAAAUUGGAUAAAGAUCUAGUACCUUUGAAUGACUAUGUUUUAAUUUUAAAAUCCGACGUUAAUGAUGUUACUAAAUCGGGUGUAUAUAUCGGAUCGAAGAAGAGCAGGGAUUUCGUUGGUUCUGUUCUUGCUGUUGGACCCGGUAAAUUAAACAGGGACACAGGGGUAUUGACUCCUUUGAGCGUGUCCGUCGGCGAAUAUGUUAUAUACGACAUGCCUGAAGAAACCAUAGACUUGAAGUACAACGAUACGCCCUGUGUACUGGUUAAGGAGGAGAACAUAUAUGCAAAGAUAGCUCUUCCCAAGAACGCACCGGAUAAUUCAAUAAGUUACGAUAGAAUUGUACCGUUAUCGGACAGGCUCCUUGUUCGAGUGCUACAAUCACCUAAGAGAACAGAGAGCGGAUUGGUUAUUUCAAGGACAAAUAGCAAAGAUGACCUAGUAAAGGCGAAAAUAGUAUCAAUGGGUCCUGGAAGUUACACGAAUGAUGGAAGAUUAGUUCCUAUAAAGGACCUUAACGUCGGCGAUGUGGUAAUGUACUCUGAAACAGUUAGUGAAAGAGGAGAAUUCUCAGCCGAAGGGGUCAAUUAUUCCUUUGUUAGACGGAAUGCAGUUCUGGCAAGAUUGUAA